CAUCUUGGUUCUUCGAUAUCCAGAUUGCUGCAUCUCUUGAGUCUCCAUUCUCACCACCAGAGAGAACCCAUCUCCUACACUUUUACCUACCUUUUUCCAGCCUUAUCGUUGUUGGCAAGCCCCAGAAUCAUCGCCUGUUCCCAGCAACGCUGCCAUGGGUCUCCUCGAUCUCCCGCCCGAGAUCCUUGACCUGAUCAUCGACCGCACGGCACCCGAUGGUCUGGAAAACUUCGUCCUCUCAUGCCGUGCCGUUUACUCUCGCGCCGCAUCACAAAUUCAACGCCACAAUUCUCUGAAAAGGACCUGGCGCCAUAUAUCUAACUUAAGUACAACUCGGCUCCAUGACACAUUGGCUAUCUUGCACGAGAUAUCACGUGAACCGAUCAUUGCUGAGUACAUCGAGAGCUUGUUCUUGUGGGAUCGCGGCUCAGAAGAUGAGGUCAUGGAUGAAGAUGCCGAGUAUAGUUUCCGCGACGACGAAGAGGCAAUGAAAGAGAUUAAAAGCUUGCUGCGAAGGACCGAACUUUACGCCAAUACCGACGAGAACGAAUGGUGGAGCCAGAUUCUGGAAGAGGAUAGGACCCAUAAUGGAUCCAAAGUCGACAAACUCUACGCAACUAUUGCCUUGUUGAGUCUGUUGCCCAAUCUCAAAGUGCUACAGCUACCAGACAGGUGGCAUGAAACUCGAGAAGGUGAGGGCGCCGAGGAUCUUGUUCCCCUUGUGCAGGCUUUGGUUUCCAUGUCCAACGCCCCAGGGCAUCGAAAAAAGCCUUUGGCGCAACUGGAGACCUUGUUACCAUUCGUGGAGGAAGGAUACGAUAUCAGAGUUGGUCUCCAGGUUAUAGAGCCGCUCAUGGUGUUGAAAAGUAUUAGAAAUAUCUAUGCAGUUAGCUGUACAGCUGUCGACGAAGGCUGGGGGGGUCCCGGGUUUCGCUGGCUAAAUCCAAAUGCGAAGUCGCCCCUGACACGGGUCGAGUUUGCAAGCUGUUGUAUGAAUGCAACUGGUCUCGCAGGUUUUCUGUCAAAUGUACCAGCAUUACAGGUGUUCAGAUACUCACACCAAACCAAAUGGCACGGUGUCCAAUACGACUGGAACCCUGGAGAAAUCCUAGAAACGCUCGCCAACUAUUGCAGCGGGACCUUGGUUGACAUUGCGAUAACCAUCGACGAACUGUUUGGUGAAAUCAUAAAUGGUCUGUCUUCGUUUCUCCGCUUCACAAAACUAGAAAGAUUAGAAGUUGAUGUAGAAUGUUUCUGCGGACCGCCACUGGAAAGCGGUCAGCGACAGGGCGCAGAAGCAAGAAUUCCUGAAGGCGCCGUCGCAUGGCGCCAUGCAGACAUACCGUGUAUGGGUGACAUGCUUCCCGACAGUAUGCGAGAGCUCCAUGUCAACACAAACUUCCCACAGCCAUCUGAAGAGUCUCUCCUAGCUCUUUUCAAGAACAUAGUAGCGCGACGGCAGGACAAGCUGCUAAAUCUACACACGGCGGUCAUCCGCCAGUACCGAUCAUCGAGUGCGAAGUACAUUGCGGAAAACCACCAAGUUCUGAUUGAAGUUUUCGACCAAGAAGUAGAGAACCCACGGCCGAGGUCCAUGAUGCCGCUCUGGAAGAGGGAAUUUGACAGACGUGUGGGGGGUAUUGUAUCCUCCUAGUGGGCUUCUCGCGCUUCUCAUGCUGCUCCUACACCAGCUUGAAUUGGGUACCAUCCUGGUCACAUCGUGGCGCAGUCCUCGGUUCACGCUUCUCAAGCAGGGCGCAUAGCUCUUAUUCGGAGAUUAUCAAGACAGGUAGGGUCUGUGGAGCCCCACGACCUUAGCAUAUACAGGACAUACUAUGUAGAUGCAUACUUGUAUUCAAUGCCG